CCUUUGGUGGUCAACAGUAUAAAUUGAUCACUUCGGCCCUUUCGUCGGCCGGUCAUUCCCUUAUCAACCCACUCGCCGCCGCCACCACGACCACCAUCAUGGCAGCUCCACCGCCGGCGUCGUCGAAGAUCCGCCUGGAGAUCGACCUGACCAUCGUCUCGGCAAAGCACCUCAAGAACGUCAACUGGCGACACGGCGACCUCCUCCCUUACGCCGUCGCGUGGGUCGACCCCCGGAACCGCUUCCCCACCUCCGUAGACUCCUUGGGCGGUACGAAGCCCGUCUGGAGCGUCCGCCUUCCCCUCUCCCUCUCUCUUCCCCGCCCCCUCUCCGUCGUCUCCUCCUCCUCGUCCUCUCCCCCCUCCCUCUCCAUCGACGUCCUCCAUGCCGACUCGGCUCCCAUCUCCGCCUCCUCGAAGCCUGUCAACCCUCUCGUCGGCUCUGCCAUUUUGCCCCUCAGCGACGCUCCAGCCGGCGACUCCCCCCGCCUCGUCACCCUCGAGCUCCGGCGGCCCUCGGGCCGCCCUCAGGGCAAGAUCAAGAUCAAAAUCGCAGUCAAGGAGGUACAGCUCGGCUCCUCACCGCCGGAUUACGCACACCCCCCUCCGGCUGCCCCGUACUCCCCGUCCUUCCCUCCUCCUCAGCCGUACUUGCCGCCGCCUUCCCAGUCUCCGGAAUUCCGCGGGGGAUACUCCUCGUAUCAGUACGCCGAUCUCGCUUAUCUGAGACCUAAUUGCCAUUCUGGUUUCUACAGCCAACCCAGCCCUUUCCCUCCACCGCCCCCUCCGCCGGUCGCACCGGACUAUUAUGGGCGAGCUGGGUACGCUUCGGGUCCCUCUGCUCCGUUCGACUCGUCUCCGUCUUCCUCUUCGUUUUAUGGUGUUGAUCACGCUCAAAAGGGGAAAGGGUCGAAGAUGGGCUUUGGGACGGGGCUGGCCGUCGGAGCGGUGGCCGGCACCCUCGGUGGACUAGCUCUGGACGAAGGCAUCAAGUAUGAGGAAGAGAAGGCGUCUGAGAGGCCGGAGAAGGAGCCGGCGCCUAGGGAUAGGUACUCUGAGUACCAUGGCGAUUACUGAUUGGGGUUUCAGAGGCUCUGUGGAGGUAAAUUAUCUGUUGCUGAUAUCGUCGUUCUGGGUUGUUGUACAUAUUUCUUAUGAGACUCAGCUACUAUGCUUAUGGUUAACGGGUGUUCCCUUUGGCUAAGAGAACGGUUUGCGUUAUUCUCGGUUGAUAGGAUUGUUGAGUACAAGCAUGGAUGUGGAAGAAAUUGUUGGUUGAUGAUCUUUGUCUCUUGCUGUUGAAUUCCACUUUGGUGCCUUCAUACCUUUAUAUGCUAAGGGUUGUGUCUUUGUUUUCA